GAAUAGGUUGGGAGAAGUCAAAAUUGUUUCAAUUAUUUUAUAUACGAAUAAAAUAUAUUUAAUAAUAUUUAAAUUGUAAUAUCAAUUAAUAUGAGUCCAAUCAAUAAAACAACUGUGGGCAUAGCUGCGGGUGUUGCAAGUACACUUUUCAUUGGCUAUUGUAUUUAUUUCGACAACAAACGACGUGCUGACCCCGAAUACAAGAAGAAAUUACGCGAGCGACGACGUCAUAACUGCAAAAAUGAAAAUGCUACCCGUAAUGGAAUACCAAAUUUUAAUGAUCAAGAAGCAAUUGAGAGAUAUUUCAUGCAAGAAAUCCACAUGGGGGAAUCGUUAAUUGCCCGCGGUGAACUAGAGAACGGUGUCAGGCAUCUUGUCAAUGCAAUACUAGUAUGUGGACAACCAGGACGCCUCUUAGAAAUGUUGCAGGCAUCAUUACCAGCACAAGUAUUUGCCAUGCUGAUACUAAAAAUGCAAGAAGUCGGUAAUCGCGUAAAUACCGAAUUGAAUGAUAAAUCGAAAAUAGUUACAGUUAAGUCAAUUGGAAGCAACGAGAACUCGGAUGACAUUAAUCGUGCUCAAGCUGGAGUUCUAAUUGAUGAUCUGGAGUCGUAACAGGAGCUAUUUUAAUGUGAAACAUAUUUGCUUAGAAUUUUUUAUCUGGCUGGAGUGACGAAUGACGCAUGUAUACGUAUUUCCAUAAGUAUUUGUGCGUAGUACUGAUUAAAUAACACACAUGAAAUAACUUUAAGGUAAAAUCUUUGACAGUAUGAGGAGAUUGUUUGCAGCUUCAGUAGAUUAGUAAAUUUGUAAUUUAUUUUGAAUGGAGUGAUGUAUAUGAAUCGACAAUUUAUGUUGUAGUGAAAUUAACAGUUAUUAAAUGGUUAACAACCUGCAGCUAGUAACGGCUGAAUUUUGUAUUUGUGAAUGGC